AUGGAAAAAUUGUCCCGUCGCUUGGAGAGAGCUGCGAGAUCACGUAAUGAUAUAAAUGUGCUUUACGAAUCACCUCUAUUCAACAAAGUUUUGGAAGGAGGUGCACCAGAGGUUUAUUUUACAAUAAAUGGCACGACAUAUACUAAAGGAUAUUAUCUAACAGAUGGGAUUUACCCAACUUGGGCUACCUUCGUCAAGAGUUUUCCAUGUCCCGAGGAUCCAAAGAGAAAAAAGUUCAAGGAAAGACAAGAGGCUGCAAGAAAAGAUGUCAAGCGGGCAUUUGGAGUUCUCCAAGCUCGUUGGGCAAUAGUCAGAGGUCCAGUACGAUAUUGGUCGAGAGAUAUAUUGAGAGAUAUCAUGUAUACGUGCAUUAUUUUGCACAAUAUGAUUAUUGAAGAUGAAGGAGAUGCAGUAUCUAAUUGGAUGGGAGAUGAAGAAAAUCAUCUGACGCCGGUAAAACAAGGCUCCACACCCGAAUUCCAAGAAUACAUCUGGAGAAAUUGCGAGUUGCGUGACAGUGAAACACAUCAUCAACUUCGAGCUGACUUGGUUGAACAUAUAUGGGCACUUGAUGAAAAUAAUCAAUGA